UCUAAUUUUCCUUUAUAUAUUCCGCAAUUAGAGAGAGGCGGUCUUUCUCCUUCCCCUGCAUCUUUCCGUUGCAGUCACUCUCUAGGGUUUCCAACUUCGAAGAAUCUCUCUCUAGAGCACGCACACAGAGGCAAAAAUGGUUCUUCCAAACGACGUCGAUGAGUUGCAUCCUUCGUUGGAACUCGAGAAGGAGAAGCACAAGCUCAAGCGUCUCGUCCCCACCCCCGACUCCUUCUUCAUGGACGUGAAAUGCCAGGGUUGUUUCAACAUAACCACGGUUUUCAGCCACUCGCAAACGGUUGUUGUAUGCGGAAACUGCCAGACGGUCCUCUGCCAACCAACCGGAGGCCGUUCAAAGCUCACUGAGGGAUGCUCUUUCAGGAAAAAGGGGAACUGAGGGGUGCAUAUCUCCUCUUUUAUACUCCCUCCGUCCCAAUUUAAUUGUCACUUUUUGGAGUUCGUGCCACUUUUCAAUUGAUUAUAUCUUAUAAUUUAUAAUGUUUUAGGUGAUUUUGAAAACAUUGUAUUAUAGAACAAAUCGAGAUCUAUCAAACAAGAUCCAUAUUGGAUAUAAAAUUCAUUACCAAUUUAAAAAUAUAACUAGUUUUUUAAUCCA